AAGAAAUACUCAAUUUACUUGAAGCAAAUUGAAGCAGUAGAGAGACAAAAGAGUCGCCGAUUCGCUUGCGGAAAACAAAAGGGCGAAAAGAAUUGAUUAUGCGCAACAUGAAGUAAUCAAAAUACCGCACACUGUUUGGUGACCUUAUUUCAGAUAGGAACUACGCCGACUGUAGAUUUUUAAUGCGGAAAACAUAGGCACACGUCUCGUUCACUGGACAGCGAAAUGAGGCAGUUUGGAACAGUCAGAAAUCUCAGGAAAUGGUAGCUAACAGACCUUUAAAAGCCGUCAUUUGCUGUAAACUUUGCCUUGUUGCAACUCGUCGCAGAGUUUGGCUGUCAUCGCAGCUAGACGAUUUUCGUCUGAACGACUGGCUUCAAAGUUUAAUAGCAUUUGCUUUCGGGAUAUUAACGGUUAUCAGUUAAUUUCCGACAAAUUUCUGAAGUUUCAAGAUGGGCAAUGGUAACACAAAGCCUGGCGUCAUGCGACGAGUAAUGCAAGCUAAUAAGAAAUUCAGAGCAGUACUUCAACUUUGGGAAGACGAUCGUUGGGACAGGGAACCAUGGAAAGCAAUCCUUAGGAACGGGCCCUUCGUUGUCCACCGCAAAAGGAAGAAACUACUUGAAUCGAAAGACGAAGAUUUGAUGGAAUACUUCAACAAUCUUCUCCAUGGACACAUACAUGCGGAUUCACGAUGGAGUCUUCCAACCAGAGAAAUUGCUAUAUUUUUGAGUUCAACUUUCACAGACAUGGCAGUAGAAAGGGAUUUAUUAAUGGAAGACGUGUACCCAUAUUUGCGAGAAUUUUGUCGAAGGUUAGGGUACAAUUUCGGUGUGGCGGACAUGAGAUGGGGAGUGCGUGACGAAAUGACGGACGAACAUCAAGCUGUGGAGAUUUGUAUCACGGAAGUUCAGCGAUGCAGGAAAGAGUCCAUAGGACCUUACAUGGUUUGCAUCAUUGGUGACAAGUAUGGCUACAGACCAAUUCCUGUCAAGAUUGACAAGGAAAUCUUUGAAAUGCUUCUGGGAAGCGUCAAAAGUCACAGUGGCAGUAAAAAUGCCUCCGAAUUGUUAGAAAAAUGGUACAAACUUGAUGAAAACAGUGUACCCGCAGCAUACGUCUUGCUGCCGGUUUCAACAUUCCUUCCUCACGCUUAUAAGACCGUUGUUUACUCAGACGAAACGAAGGCGAAGCAAGAAAGACAACAAUGGUGGCAAACUCUGGUAACUAUGAGAGAGGCUUUGAAAAAGGCGGCAAGCCAGAUCGAUUUUACGGCCUUUCCUGUCUGCAACAUGACCGAGGAGGAUUUUAAGAUAUCAGUGACAGAAGAAGAAAUCACAACUGGAAUUAAAGGAGAGGACAUGGACCCUAGUUACAUGUUUUUGUUUCUUCGGAACCUGAAAGGGUUAGAAGAAGUUGAUCCAAACAACAACGGUUUUGUGAAGCGUUUUAUGGACGUUGACGAACGUGGGCGUAAAUCUCAGAUUGCAAAUGGAGAUGAUGCGAAACUCUUGCUGGACAAGCUCAAAGACCACUGCCAAGGGUUAAUACCAAGCAAUAACAUCUGUAGAUACAGCCUUGAAUUUCACGUCACUGAGAAUGGUAAUAUCGAUAUGAAACAGAACAAAGAGGACAUAAAGACAUUCUGUGACAAGUUUUGCCAAUUAAUGGUGGAUAGCAUUCAAGAAGCUGUGGCCAAACAUCGGGUAAUUAGUGACCCACUAUAUCUUGAAGUUCUUCAUCACGCAACGAUGGCAGAGAAAAGGACGGAGGCAUUCGUUGGCAGGGUCCACCUUCUGCGAAAGAUGGAAGCAUACCUAAAACUGGAGAACGGUGAAAAGCCAUUCAUUGUUCAUGGUAUAUCUGGAUGCGGCAAAACAUCACUUUUGGCAAAGGUGUUCACUACGUCCAUUGAAAACUGGAGUGGAGUGGACACUGGAAGGCCAUUUCAUUUCAUAAGAUUCAUUGGAACUUCGCCUUUCUCGUCCAAUGUGAGGUCUAUGUUGAGGAAUUUAUGUCAGCAGAUUUCUCUCGCUCUGAAUGAUACAUCAGCUGUCAUUACAGAUAACUAUGAGCGUCUGGUAGCAAGAUUUAGGUUGCUUCUCCAAAGAGCCACAGCGGAAAAACCAAUCGGGCACCUUGAGAGUGUUGGUGACCCAAUGGUUAAAUAUUAUCAGCUACAAGGAGUAUCCCAUUUUUUCUCAGUUCUGUUCCUUGACUCUUUGGAUCAGCUAUCCGACCAAGAUGAUGGUCGCUCACUAAGAUGGCUUCCGACAAGUCUUCCCAAAAAUGUUCAUAUUGUCGUGAGCACCUUGCCUAACACAGGAGGGUGCCUUGCUGUUCUGAGAACUAAACUGAAACAAGAGAGCAGUGCUGACUUUUACCUUGAGGUGUCGGCCCUAGAAUCGAGUGAUGCCGAAAGCAUUCUGGACACGAGACUGGAAAACGAGAAAAGGAGACUCACAGGAGAGCAAAGAAUGCAAGUGUUGGAAACCUGCUCUAAGCCAACAGCUCUGUAUAUGAAGUUAGCCUGUGAUACAGCAAUUCGAUGGAAAUCAUUUUCUGAGAACACGCAGAAAGAGCUAAGACCCACAGCUACCGAGCUUAUCAUACAGCUCUUUGAGCGAUUAGUCACCGAACACGGGGAACAAUUUGUUCGUCGAGCCCUGGGUUACAUUACAGCGUCCAAAACAGGUCUAACGAAGUCAGAACUGGAAGAUAUCUUAUCAUGUGAUGAUAUUGUGCUCGCUGACGAAGUCUUUAAAUACCACGUUCCCCCAAUCAGAAGACUGCCCCCGUUACUGUGGACACGACUCAGGAACGACCUAGGUAGUUACUUAGUCAAAGUAGCAGCAGAUGGUCACGUGGUGUACAAGUGGUAUCACAGAUUGUUCCUGGAGGCUGCGAGAAGUUACUUUCUAGGUGAUAAGCCUUUUACAGACUCACUUCACAGAGAUCUGGCAAACUACUUCAAUGGCAGGUGGGCACGCGAGGCAAAGCCGUACACAGAUAAGCAAGGUAACAUAAGAAGUGCUCACAGGAUGGUGGCGGACCAACCGCUGAUACUAAGUACUGACGUCGAGGAAAGAAUGGAUUUGGAAGAUGAAGAGGCUGGACCCAGCUACAAUUUGCGUAAAUUGAGCGAGCUUCCUUACCAUUUAAUACGAUCUGAGAUGUGGAAUGAAUUUGUGGAGGUUCGAAAUAUAUUUCAUGUUACUUCUAUUUAG